UGUUGUUUUGUGUGAUUGAUUAGGGAAUCUUGGGUAUCUUAUGACUGCUGGAGACUUGUAUCCUCUUCUCGAAUAUUCCAUCACACAAGUGAGUUCUAAUGGGCAGAUUCAUAGUUAUUUUACUACUAGAGAAGCUUUGAUUGAACCUUAUUUGAAAAACUUGAAACAGAGAUCCAGUUGGGAAGUUCUUCAAAUGAAACAAAGCUUUAUACGCUUCUUAGCUUCACAAGAACCUUGUUGUGUAUGGGAAGAAGAGAAUGAGAGCGUAUACAUUUGUAGUGCGGGAUACAAAGCUAUUAUUCUGUCGGAUAAGAUGCUGUUGAUCGAUAGUCCUAGACCCGUGAACCGGAUUCUUCUGGAAGAAGAAGUGCAACGAUGCCCAUGGUUCCAAACUUCUUCGUGGUUAGGCACUAUUGGCUUUUAUAUCCUGUUUCUGAUGAUAUGUUUACCUGAAUAUCGAAGACAAAUAUCUUCUUGUGCACAUAUAGUUGACGCAAUGCAUAGUCCUUGUAAGAGUGUGUAUGUGAAAGCUGUCAACCAUUGUCCUUUAUUGAAACUUGUCCAAAAAGAAUUGGAUAUGCAUUGUAUUCAACUAUCUUUACAAACCAAACACAAUAAUACGAGUUGGCAGAUAAUAAUGGAUGGAAAACAACAACAUUGUUCGUUAUUCAAGCAACUGGAUGAAUUAAGAAAGCGUGUUCGUUGCUAUCAAAAUGGGUUGGAAUCACAAAACCUGGUUCAUCAUCAUCGGAUACUUUGUGAGAAAACAAAACUCAUCGUGUUUAGUUUCUUUUUCAACAUUUUGUUGUGUGCCAUAUUGAUCGGUUCAACGUCGGCCAAUAGUUUUGUGCGAGUGGAAUGAAAGCUUGUUUGUGGUAUAUUG